GUGUACGGAAGUGGAAUGAGGAGUUCCCGGUGCACCGAGGGCUCCUUCUGACGUCACUGCAGGUGGCACGAUUGACGGUCUUGUGAUUCGUGCCAGUGAACCUUGUGGUUCUAACAAGUUGCAAUUGUCAUUGACGAAGAUUGUGUCGUUGAACAAAAUCUGAAACGAUGACAAAUAGAUAAAAUAACUUCAACAGGUAUUCCAUAAAGUAGGCGAAGGAUGGCAUUUCCACCAUUGGUGAGCUCUACGCCACCUCCACUGGACAAUUUUGGGGACUCCGAGGAAGAUGAAUUUGGCGAUUUCACAACUGGAGGCUUAGAUGGACUGUCUGUGUCGUCGGAUUCACCGCACAAACUUGUCACGCCUGUUCAGACACCUGUAGCGUCUCCAAAAGUAAAUGGAAUUCCAGAAACAAAGGGCUCUCAGACUAGUUUGGUAUCGAAAGCACCCAGUCCAGAAGAUCUUUUAAUCCUGGAAAGAACAGAAAAUGUUAUAGGUGAAAUUAAACUUAAAACAGAAGUCAAGUGCACGAACGAUGGGGAAAACACUAACAACAUAGAAAAUAGUUUUGUGGAAAAUAAAUUAGAAGCUUUGCCCAAUAAUUUGGACCAAAUAGAACCUGUAAGUCUUGACUUAGGGGAUCCGACCGUAGGUCCAGACACAGUACAACCUCUGAACCAAAAUUUCUACGAUUACGAACAGUUUGAGUCAGAGAACUGGAUAUCGAGUACGGAAGCACCAAAAACCAGUUACUUGGAGCUUCAAGAUACCGAAGAAACUUCCAAUGAUUUUAAUUCCAUGUGUAAAGUAGAAAACGCAAAUUCUGAAGUGAAAAGUGUGUUGCAAUUGGAGGUUGGCGAGUAUGUGGAUACUGAAUCCAUCAAUGAGAAUACGAGGGACGAGUUUGUUGAUCAAGCAAAAAUAGAGCCUGAGAGUGAAAAUGUUGAUGUCGGAAGUAAUUUUCCAUUGUGCUCGCCAGCAACAGAGUCCAGCGACUCCAAGCCUUUUUGUUCAGAGUUUCAAGAUUCUUCAGCCGGAACUAGCAAAAACAAAAACGAAGCAAUAGAAGAUGACGACUUUGGGGAUUUCACGAACUUCUCUGAUCAGGGCCAGUUGGAAAAGAUUGACGUAGCGAAAUUACCUGAGAGAGACGAUGACUUUGGUGACUUCAGUGAUUUCGAGCAGCCAGCGGCAGAAAGUUUCAGUCUGAAGGAGUCGAUAUCUCGAAUAGAAAAUAAGAAUGCUGCCAACAAGAUAGAAGAUAUAAUUGCAACGCUGUUUCCAAACAAUUUGGAGCGAUGCGAAAUCCAAGUCCAGUCGCUGAUAAGUCAGACAGAUGGGGUUUGGCAGAGUGUCAAAAGUGUGGAAGAAACAAAUGCUUUGACGUAUCAGUGGGCGAACAGCACGAGCAACAAUAUGCUCUUGAAUUCCCUUGGCAUCGACUCUCGUAACAUAUUGUUCGGGCCUAGGUGGAACCCUAAUGUACCUAGAUUCGCUGCGAACCUUGGCUUCACUCCCCUGGAACCCAUCAAAGCCACCACAGAUGUUCAACCUACAGCUACAAUUAAUUCUAACUGGGCGCAGAGUUCGAUCCAGAUGGAGGAAGUACCUGCUGCGCAAUUCGAUUGGAAUAGUUCUGGGCUUGUUAACCCUUUAGAAGCUAGUGGUGGGUUAUCCGCUCUUCUACCUCUGGACUUUCUGUGUCCCUUCGAUCCCCUGUUAACGUCCCACAGUUCCGUCAACUCUGAAUCCUAUCGUCGACCAAGUAGCGCCAGGAAUCCUAAUCAUACCUCAGAAGUGAGCGUCAAUCGAGAACGGAGCAGUUCAGUGUCGAAAGCAGAGACCGAGUCUCUGGAAAAUGAAGCCUUGAAGACGCAGAAACGCUUGCAGCCUUCGAAAAUGAUAGAACCGUUGCCAGGACCACGUGUGGUGGAAUGGAAAAGAAAGACGGAACCCGACUCAGGCCACAAAAUUAGAAACAGUGUCCAGAGAAGCGUUCCAAUAGAGAAAUCCUUCAUACAAACUGAAAAACAGUUUGUGUCGAGUGAGAAAUCAAGUUUAGCGGAUGUUUAUCGUGGAAAGUCAACGAACAAGAGGUCCGCAGAGCACGUGGUGGUGGACAGAUUUGGUCGUGUGAUGCAGAUCCAACCGGAAACCACGCGAGUACUCAAUAGACUUCCGGAUCUCUCUUUCUUGAGCGCCAGGACUCUGUUAAUGGAUCGUGAACACAAGCAAAUCGCUUGUGAACUGGGAGUCGCGAGUCGCAAGAUGCCUGGCUGAGUAACGUCGGUCUGAGCGCGAGUUUGGAAGGUCUGGAUAUCCCUGGAUAGAUCUAGUGGAUGCAUCGACGUGCAGUAGAAACGAAGGAGAAAAGACGUUCCGUUAAACCUUUCAAACCCGCGCUUGGACCGACCCAGCUUCCUCCCCUUUCAACACACAGAACUGCUGAAGUAUUCGAUAAAGUAAAAUAUUCUGCACCAUGUGCAUUAAGGUAGGAUUUUUCUCGAGAAAGGAAGAUUCUCGUGACAAUAUUGCCUGUAAACAGCGUUUCUCAAAGAACUAUAUUGUACAGCACAAUGUAUUACGAUUAAAAGUCCAUAAUUGUUUGGCAUUUAUUAUAAUUAGUAGCGUUCCAAUAUUUUGCAAAUUUUUUCAAGAAGAAUUACAACGUACAGUGUAUUCUUCAAGUAAAAAUUUAUAAAUGCUUUCUUGAUAUUUGUUUUUUUUAUUUAAAGAUAUCUACGUUUAUGUCAUUUAAUACGAACGUUACUAAUUCGUUUUGUUCUGUAUCAAUAUGAAGGAAAUAUUUGUAUCUAUUAAAAUAUCUUAACGAAGCAUUCGUAUACGCUUCAUUGUGGCAUUUUACUCGUAGAACGCACUACCAGAGAAUGAAAAAAACUAUUUGCCUCAUAGAGUUACUCUAAUUACACCAUUUUCUAUCUCUUUAACUAAGAUACUGGUGAUCGAAAGCCUAAACGUUUGGAACAAUAAAAAUUUUCUGUUAGUUUCUCGCUUCUGUCCAGAAUAGUACAAAAUACCAAAUCUUAUUGUAUUUCUCGUUUGCAGUAACAAAGUUUUUCUUGAAUGUGAAUGUAGUACCAUACUUCCAUGAAAAGAAGGCAUAGCGUGUUUACAUUCCCACUCCUGUUGCAGUCCGCUGACUCACAGGUAUGGUCGAAAACUGUGCCUUCUCAUGGAAGGACGACACUCUAGAAAACAGUUUAAAUUGGAAAUUCGAAAACUAAUACAAUAUUCCUUAGAAAAUACUUUUAAAAUGUAUUAAAAUUCACUAAUUUAAUUAUACUUUGUUAAUAUUCUUCAUUGAAAUAAUCUGCGCAAAAUCGAAGUUUGAGAAACGCUGCUCUACGAAGUUAAUUUUCUUUCAGUUUGCACAAGAGGUUUUGUUCACGAAAUAGAGUCAUAAUAUUCCGUCGUUUAAUACUACAAUGUUAAAAGUUUCUUUCUUGUGAAAAAUAAUCUAUGAUUUCAGUUAUCGUAACUGCAAGCAUUGCUAAGAAAAUGUUAUACCGAUAUCUUGUAAACCUGUCACUGUUUUCUUUACUUAGAUUUAUUAGCAAAAAAGUUUGCUCGAUUUCAAAGCUUAAUUUAGAAUUUAUAAGAAGGUGAUGAAGCAAAAUAUAGCUGAGUUUGAUCAUCGUUUUUAACAACUUUAUAAAUCAUUUCCAAGCGAUACCAAAAAUGGGCAUAUUUCAACAUUCUCCUUUCUUUUAAUUUCUUUGCGUAAGCUAUCUGUAAUCAAAAUAUGUGGACCAAUUUAUAGUUUACAUAGCUCGUAACGAAUAUUUAGUACAAGUGAGUUUGCGUUUCACCAGUCAUAUUUUCAGACUCUAUUCCGUGGACAAGCGCGAAACAGUGGUGCAGCCAGAAGAUAUGUAAAUAUGUGAAACAAGCCAUCGUUACAAGUUGCUAGUAUUAAAAUAAUUGGAAACAGAGUCUAAAAAAAUUUCUUUUGUUCGUAAAUGUCCAAUGCAAGCAUUAUAAAUUUUAAACCCUUGCACUAUUUUUACGAGUUUGACUCCUGAUAAAAAUUUUAGGCUAAACUUGAAUAUCACGAGUCAGGCUUGUUGUUUAAUUUUAUGUCAAACGUAAAUAACACGAGUCUGACUCGUAAUCGACAUUUCGGGCCAAACAUGAAUACCACGAGUCGAACUCGUAAAUAUCGAUAUUUCGUCGAUCGACAUAUCGUGUUUCGAGUUCCGAUAUUCGGGAUUCUCGAUUCGGGUUCUUUCCCGAUCAUUCGGGCAUAUAGGUUAGGCUCGGUUUCCUUCGAAUUUCAGCGUAGUGCAAGGGGUUAAUUUGCAACUUUACUUUUAUUACAGUAAUAAACAAUUAAUUUUGCACAUGAAGACCAAUUCAUAUCAGUAAAACGUUUUCAUAUCGUUCCAUUGAUACAUCCAAUUUGACAUUUGUUCGAAUUAUAAAUAUUCUAUCCAGUAUACCAGUUAUUUUAUAGAAUUUCUAAUGAAAACUAGUCUUAUUAAAAAUUUAAAACCUUUAGAUGGAUUUUAAAAUAUGUAGGAGGUUCGAAUGCCAGUUGUCGCAUUAAUU